AUGAGUCAUGUGUCAGAAAUUUGGAUAGGAUCUUUGGUGUUUGGUCCUAUAUUCGCAAUUCUAUUUGGCACAUCAAGUAGCUCUUUAGUUUUGGGUUUUAUAAAAUAUCACGAAUGUCCACUUCAACCACUUCUUCCUCAAGGCCUUAUUGGCUUCGGACUCAUAGGCUCAAUAUGUAGUAUUGUUGCUCUUAUUUUGACAAUAGUCUCCUAUUUCAAAGUGGAUGACUCUGGCACUCAUUUAUGGUAUCUACUUUAUGCAAUUAUAAUGUUAGUUGUAUACGGUAUAUGCACAAUUACUUGGACAGCUAUUAUUAUCCUCAUACUUCGCACAAAAUACUCUUAUUAUCAAUCAAACAAUCGAAUGGAUCCUAAGUCAUUCUGCAACUCACAGAUUUAUCAUUUCACCUGUAUUUUCGCAGCUAUAGGCGCUACACUUGUAUUGAUCUCUGGUAUUUGGUUGAUCCUAUGUCUAUGCCGGAAAUUUCACAGAUUUCUCAGGAAAACAUUAUCAAUAGAAAAAAGCCAAUGA